CCUGAUAAGAUAUUCCUCAUUCUCACUAUUGCAUAACCAUCCUACUCAAAACCAAAUUCAUCCUGUACCCACCACCAUUUCCAAAAAUAUUCUCCUUCUUAAAAAUAACGAACAAUAUAACUUUACCACCAUGACGACCGUCCCAGACUUUUUAGAAACCGUUUCUACCUACAAAUCCUACCUGGGUCACGGCUCCUUCGGAUUUGUCUUAUUGGCAGAGCACAAUGACAAAACUUCCUCCGCUAUAAAAUUCAUCUACCCGACGGACGACGCAAAGAAAAACGUUCAACACCAGCGCGAGGCCACCUUAACCAAACCACUUCGGAGACAUGAAAAUCUGGUCACCGUCAAGAAUUCGGUGUUCCAGAAAACUCUGAAUCCAUCCCAAUUAAACGAUAUUUUUAGCCAUUGCUCCCACACGACCGAAGCUACGUGGAAGGACCUCCCAACAAAGAUACAAAAUUUGGGUUGGACUUGCAUUCAAAUGGCGCCCUGUGGCAAAAAUUUGUCGCGCUGGCUGGAUGAUCCCGAUUCCAAUAUCACUUCAGUUUUCGUCCAGCUUAAACAAAUUCAAAUUAUCCACGGUCUCGUUUCCGGGCUGAGGUUUCUACACAGCAACAAAAUAAUACACCGUGACUUAAAGCCGGGCAACGUCAUGUUCACAAAAGAAUAUCAACUCCCAAUCAAAAUUGGAGAUUUUGGCCAAUGUCGCAUGGUCCCAGGUCAUGAAGACCAUACCUUUACCAAGAGUGGCAUUGGAACUAGGCAAUACACAGCGCCCGAAGUUCUCGACAGGAGAGGUAAAUACUCCUAUCAAUCGGACUUGUUUUCUCUUGGAUUAAUAAUUUGGGUGGUGGUUCUUAAAAAUACUCAAGUCCAAAGUCUAUUCAAUCGAUUAGUUUAUGAUGAAAGUGCCGAAUUAGUCAAAGAUGAUCACCCCCUUAUUGGAAAAAUUGCUAAGCAACUUGUUACAAGUUUAACUAAAAAAAAGGUCGAAGAGAGAUGCCAGAAUAUGGGUGAUGUCGAGAAAAUUAUCAGCAACUGGGAAUCCGUACAAAUUACGGAGAAAGAACUACACUGCCGAAACGGGGAAGAUUUAAUGCUAUGCUUGCCAUUUGUGUCUCCCGGGUCGACCAUUCUCUUAGAAAGUAUCGUGCACCAAGGUCAGUUCACAUUGAUGACAGAUAACGUACGCAUUGUGGGGAAAGGAGUGCGUCAUAAAGUCGCCAAACAGUUUUAGAAUUUUUGGAAAUGGCUGUUCCAUUUCAAACUUGUGUAUCUCGCCAACUCCCUCGCUCGACUUUUCCCUUCUAAUCUCGGGCUCUGGUUACACGGUGGAAAACAUUACUUCCCGUGGUAUCAAUCUCCGCGGGGAUAAAUGCACUUUGGCCAAUAUCUACGUUACCAAGGCCAACAUCGGAAUCAAAAUUUCCGGCAAUGGGAAUAAUAUUCGAUCCGUAAAAUUUGAAAACAUUGCCAACACCCUGAUUGAGCAGGAUAACUACACACAGAACUCCAUUUCCGAUAUUACUCAACUAAAUUGUGGCGUUCCAUUUGUGACACGAUUGAAAAGUUUUAAAAUAAAGCAGCCAAAAAAGUCUGGACACCUUGUAGUAUGUAUAUAUUUAUGAGAUGAUGAUGAGAUGAAGUGUGUGUGAUGAUGCAACCGAGUUUUAGAUGCACUAAUAGUUAGUUAAAUAUAUUAGGGAUUAGUUAAAUAAGUUAGGGUUAGUGGGAUGGGGUUUUAGUUGGUUAACUAAGAGUGUGAAAGUGGGGUUGGUUUUGUGGCGAUGGGUCCAAGUUAAGUACCCAAUCUCACAUUGACCCACCGCGAGUCCCAGUAGUUCUAGUAGUUCUUUCUCUCUCCCUGUUUCUACGGUUCCUGGAAUUUGGAGGUGACGCGGGGACGAGAAGCAGAUCCGAAGGCGAGAGGAAAACAAGUCGUAAGUCGUAGCAGGGAAGAGACGUGGUCAUCCGGUCUCUCUAAAGUUGUUGGGUGUGGACAUCCGGCUCAACAACUAGAUAGGGUUAAAGAUUUAUACGGGGGGCCGUAUUUUCGUUUAUAGUUUUUCAAGGGAGUAACUCGGUCACACGCAAAAGUAGUUCGUCUCAUCAUCAUCUCUUGGGGUUAUCUUUUUGUGAAAGUUGGUCUGCUCAAUGAUUAAUAAAUAGUUGUUCAAGUCAGUUA